AUGGGGUGGAAUCUGGAAGAAGGGGAUAGAAUCUGGGAGAAGGGGAUGGAAUCUGGGAGAAGGGGAUGGAAUCUGGGAGAAGGGGGUGGAAUCUGGGAGAAGGGGAUGGAAUCUGGGAGAAGGGGAUGGAAUCUGGGAGAAGGGGAUGGAAUCAGGGAAAAGGGGAUGGAAUUUGGGAGAAGGGGAUGGAAUCUGGGAGAAGGGGAUGGAAUCUGGGAGAAGGGGAUGGAGUCUGGGAGAAGGGAUGGAAUCUGGGAGAAGGGUAUGGAAUCUGGGAGAAGGGGAUGGAAUCUGGGAGAAGGGGAUGGAAUCUGCGAGAAGGGGAUGGAAUAUGGGAGAAGGGGAUGGGAUCCGGGAGAAGAGGAUGGAAUCAGGGAGAAGGGUAUGGAAUCUGGGAGAAGGGGAUGGAAUAUGGGAGAAGGGGAUGGAAUCAGGGAGAAGGGGAUGGAAUCAGGGAGAAGGGGAUGGAAUCUGGGAGAAGGGGAUGGAAUAUGGGAGAAGGGGAUGGAAUCUGGGAGAAGGGGAUGGAAUCUGGGAGAAGGGGAUGGAAUCUGGGAGAAGGGGAUGGGAUCUGGGAGAAGGGGAUGGAAUCUGGGAGAAGGGGAUGGAAUCUGGGAGAAGGGGAUAGAAUCUGGGAGAAGGGGAUGGAAUCUGGGAGAAGGGGAUGGAAUCUGGGAGAAGGGGAUGGAAUCUGGGAGAAGGGGGUGGAAUCUGGGAGAAGGGGAUGGAAUCUGGGAGAAGGGGAUGGAAUCUGGGAGAAGGGGAUGGAAUCUGGGAAAAGGGGAUGGAAUCUGGGAGAAGGGGAUGGAAUCGGGGAGAAGGGGAUGGAAUCUGGGAGAAGGGGAUAGGGAUGGAAUCUGGGAGAAGGGGAUGGAAUCUGCGAAAAGGGGAUGGAAUAUGGGAGAAGGGGAUGGGAUCUGGGAGAAGGGGAUGGAAUCUGGGAGAAGGGUAUGGAAUCUGGGAGAAGGGGAUGGAAUAUGGGAGAAGGGGAUGGAAUCUGGGAGAAGGGGAUGGAAUCUGGGAGAAGGGGAUAGUAUCUGGGAGAAGGGGAUGGAAUCUGGGAGAAGGGGAUGGAAUCUGGGAAAAGGGGAUGGAAUCUGGGAGAAGGGGAUGGAAUCUGGGAGAAGGGGAUGGAAUCUGGGAGAAGGGGAUAGAAUCCGGGAGAACGGGAUGGAAUCAGGGAAAAGGGGAUGCAAUCUGGGAGAAGGGGAUGGAAUCUGGGAGAAGGGGAUGGAAUCUGGGAGAAGUGGGUGGAAUCUGGGAGAAUGGGAUGUAAUUUGGGAGAACGGGAUGGAAUCUGGGAGAAGGGGAUGGAAUCGGGGAGAAGGGGAUGGAAUCUGCGAAAAGGGGAUGGAAUAUGGGAGAAGGGGAUGGGAUCUGGGAGAAGGGGAUGGAAUCUGGGAGAAGGGUAUGGAAUCUGGGAGAAGGGGAUGGAAUUUGGGAGAAGGGGAUGGAAUGAGGAAGAAGGGGAUGGAAUCCGGGAGAAGGGGAUGGAAUCUGGGAGAAGGGUAUGGAAUCUGGGAGAAGGGGAUGGAAUCUGGGAGAAGGGGAUGGAAUCUGGGAGAAGGGGAUGGAAUCUGGGAGAAGGGGAUAGAAUCUGGGAAAAGGGGAUGGAAUCUGGGAGAAGGGGAUGGAAUCUGGGAGAAGGGGAUAGAAUCCGGGAGAACGGGAUGGAAUCAGGGAGAAGGGGAUGCAAUCAAGGAGAAGGGGAUGGAAUCUUGGAGAAGGGGAUAG